UAUUUAUAUUUCUUUUAUGGGAAGUAAUCCUAAAAGGUGAAAAGAUCAUUACCCGAACUUUGACGUUAUGACCUAAUAACCGUAAUGUAAUUUAAAUUUUAUAAAAAGAAAUGCUUCUAAUAGAGUCGGGGUCACGAAAUGCUAUAUUUAUUGUUCGUUUCUGUUACACUUUCUAAUUUAUUGAAAGCAGUCUAUCUCUUUGACUACUAUGAGCCAACAUCCGAGAGAGUUAACGAAGAAAUGGUGUUCGAACCAGUACUGACACUGACGAAAAACAAAGAGGAAACUAUGUCUCUGAAGAAUAUUAAUUGUGAGAACUUCACAAAUUACGCGCUGAAUUGUACUGUCCAAGCUGCACUUCUGUAUAAUUCUAGUAGAAAAACUCCUCCGAUGCCAGCAAAGAUCGGUGAUUGGUGCAGAGCGAUACGACACCUCACAAAUUGCGCCAUAGACUGGAAUGCAGACUGCAAAGAUGUGACAGAGAGUCACUUCAACGAAGAGAGUAUAAAGGGCCACAUGCACGUUGUUGACAGCGUAUGUGAUGACGAGUGGUUUUUAUCACGGUACGACGAACUACCAAUCUGUAUAGAAGCUACAGCAGACGUCUGGGAGUCGUGUUACACAACGUUCAAGAUACUGGUCGACGAACUAAAGAAUACAACUCACGAGUGGACUCAUUUUGAAACACAUUUCUAUUUAUGCUGCGCCCGAGCACAAUUCCGCAGAUGUACGCUGGACUCGAUUUUUGAAAUUCCAACAAUAUGCACCCACGAGCAGGCUGUCACGUUGCAGAAAUUUUCAGUAAUUGUCUCCGAAGGUGACGUUUUUCAGGACUGUGACCGUAAUAUGAUGUACAAAAAUUGUCCUGGCGGGGAUCCACGGCCAAACCACAGUCAGUUGUCUAAAUUAAUGAACGUAGAGUUUACCAACACUGCGAAUAUAUUUGUACCAAAUCAUAUUGUGAUUGUAAUAUUUAUUGUCUUCUUUGAAUAUUAA